CAAGAAAAGGGAAUCGGUCGCAAACGAUGUCCACAUCGCGAACUCCGCAGCGAGUCCGACUCGGUGAGCCUCGGUCGAUCGUCGCAGAUUCGAAGGCAUGCUCGAGAUGCGUCGACAUAUUUCGAAAACAAAAAUAGAAACACAAUCGACGGUUCUACAAAGUCGAAGAUACGAGCUACGAUAAGUCUAGGCCUUCGACAAACGUCGUAUACUGUAUAGAGUGUAUCUACGAUUAUAAGACAUCCCAACAUUCACGGGUCUACCGAGUAGACUCUACUCGAGGUUUGAUAAAUCUGCUUCACCGUAGAAUCGGAAUAGUAACAACAACGAUAGUAGAGUGUAUCAAAACAAACUAACAACCUCGAGCAAGGAUUAGAAUAUUCUAUUCGGGAUGUUUCGUAGCUUCGACACCCUAUACAUCGUAGGUUUGCACGAGGUCGACAAAUUCUUCGUAAAUAAUGAGAAAAUCAUUUCUACGCGUUUCACCUUUAAAAGGACAGAGACGUCGACGCUCGUCGGUUCGUCGAUACUCGCGAAUAUUUGUAUCGUCGAACGCGAAUUCGUUGACGGCCAAAAAUUCGCGUAUAAAAGAACGUAUCGGUUGACGAUAAAGAUGCGGGCGGGCUCGUGAGAAUCGCGAACGUAGACGAGCGUCGGGGUAACGAAUGCCGCGGCUUCGUAGCAAAUGAUGGGCUCUACAUUAAACAGAAAACGAAGAAUUUGCGUGUCACGUGGACAACUUCGUCAAGUACAAAAGAAUUCGCAUCGUUUUGGGUAACGAAACGUGCGAUUUAGAUUCCGCCGUGUGUACUCUGGUCCAGGGAUACUCCGAAUAUCUGGAUGCAACGAAAAGUAACGAAAAGGAUUUAAUAAUAAUUCCAUUGAUGAAUAUACUCGAGGACGAAUAUCGCACGAAAACGGAAGUUGUGUAUUUUCUGGAACGCUUCGACAUAUUCUCGAGCGGCCUAAUAUUUCGGAAUCAGAUAGAUCUGAAAGCCUUGAAGGAGGAUGCUGGAAAACAUCUGGAACUUAUACUCGUCGAUCACCAUAACCUCUCGGAAGAAGACGUUUUUCUAACGGAUUCUGUAAUCGAGGUCAUCGAUCAUCGACCUCAAGACGCGCGAUGGCCUUGGCCCGGUAGAAAGGUUCGCUUAGAAACCGUCGGCAGCUGCGCAACUCUGGUGGCGCAAAAUUUCAUCCGCAAGCAUCCGGAAAUGUUAGACGGCCUGCUCUCGAGGCUUUUACGAGGUCCGAUUCUGGUCGACACUAGUAAUUUCUCGAAGGAGGCAGACCGCGCCACAUCCACCGACGUUGAGGUUACGGAAGCUCUCGAGAGGAUCGGUUGUCUGGAAAUCGAUAGAUCCGAAGAAUUCGACUCGAUCCUGAAAGCGAAAGCCGAUAUAAGCAAACUAACUGCGCAGGAUCUUCUGAUCAAAGACUUGAAAGUUGCCGCUGGAGUGCCGAUAGUCGGAAUGCCUAUACUAGUCGAAAAUUUUCUGAAGCUCCCGAACGCGGAUGCGGCUCUUCGAAGUUUCGCCGAAUCCAGAAACACCGCGAUCGUCGUUCUGCUGGGAAUGGAAUUGAAACAGCAGAAACUAUCGCGAGAUGUUGCUAUUUUCUCGCUUCCUGGCGAUGAAGCGAAAGAAAAGAUAGUAGAAGCGCUCGUUUCGUCCACGCAACCGCCUCUCGAGUUGACCUUCACGACGGAAAUCCACGGAGAGCGCGACAAGUACAGCUUGUCGCAUUACACGCAAGGAAAUCUGCGCGCUACGCGGAAGCAAGUACUGCCGAUUGUUCGGGACACGAUGUUGUCGCAUUGUGGGUGCUGAAGAAAACUCGGAGCGGAAGAGGAAGAGCAUUACAGUCAAGGAAGGGCGUUCUUACAAAGUUUCAAAUUGAAACAUGGGAGAAGCAAGGUUAAUUUCGAGGUACACUUAUGCAGAAACUGGAACAAAUAUAAUAUUAUUCUG